UUCGCCGCUGCCAUGGCGGCAGCUCCGCCGGUCUCCAAGGCUGAGUAUCUGAAACGUUACUUGUCUGGGGCAGAUGCUGGCUUGGAAGGAGGUCCAGAGUCCGGUCGCAAGCGGCGCAAAAAACGGCCGAAGCCGGGAGGCGCUGGCGGCAAGGGAAUGCGGAUUGUUGAUGAUGAUGUGGGUUGGGCAGCUAUCUCUACCGCUAAGCUGGAGAAGGAGGAGGAAGAGGAUGGAGAUUUGCCUGUGGUGGCUGAGUUUGUGGAUGAGCGUCCAGAAGAGGUAAAGCAGAUGGAAGCCUUCCGCUCCAGUGCCAAGUGGAAGCUUCUGGGAGGCCACAGUAAAGAUGGACAUUUUCAUCAUGAUGACCAAGAUCCAUCACCUCCCAGGGGGGUCCGUCAUGAUACUCCAGACUCUUCUCCAAGGAGGGUCCUUCAUGAUACCCUGGACCCAUCUUCUCCCAGGAAGGCCCACCGUGAUACCCCAGAUCCAUCUCUUCCCAGGAGGGUUCGUCAUGAUACCCCAGAUCCAUCUCCUCCCCGGAGGGUCCGUCAUGAUACCCCGGAUCCAUCUCCUCCCCGGAGGGUCCGUCAUGAUACCCCGGAUCCAUCUCCUCCCCGGAGGGUCCGUCAUGAUACCCCGUAUCGAUCUCCUCCCAGGAGAGUUCGUCAUGAUACCCCGGAUCCAUCUCCUCCCAGGAGAGUUCGUCAUGACAUCCCGGAUCCAUCUCCUCCCAGGAAGGUCCACCAUAACUCAGAUGCUUCUCCCCGUAGGAAGUCUCAUCGUAAUUCUUCAGCUGUAUCUCCUAGGAGAGGCCAUCAUGGUUCCUCAGAUACCUCUUCCCCAAGACAGGCCCACAACUACUCCCCUACUGCAGCCCAGCAUAGAAGGACUCUUGACUCUUCAGGUGCACAACAUCUCAGGAGGACACGUCAUGAUUCCCCUGAUUUGGAACUGCCCAAAGCCAAAAAUAGUAAAGCUGCAGAAAGACCCCCUAGCAAGACUGUAUCCCAGAGUGGGGUAGGACCCUCUCACCCAUCAUUCUCCACGAACAGCAAGUACGAGCAUGACUCUGACCUUUCUCCUCCACGGAAACGACAAGCAAAGGCCCAUUUUGGGGCUAAGAAACAGCUUGAUUCUAAAGGUGUCUGCCAAAAAGCAUCUGAUUCAGAUCUUUCUCCUCCACGGAAAAAAAAAAAUUCAGAGCACCAGGAUUCUGAUUCAGAUCUGUCACCACCACGGAAUAGACCAAGACACCAGAGCUCUGAUUCUGACCUCUCUCCACCCCGGAGAAGACAGAGGACCAAAUCUUCCGAUUCUGACCUCUCUCCACCUCGAAGGAGUCCCCGACCUGGGAAGAAGCUUAUCUUUGACUUUCUCUGCUUUGAACUGCUGGGUGUAGUCAUCAAAGAGUUUCUGGUUCUCUCCAUGAAGAGUUUCAGAGCAUUGUAUAUCAAGCCGUGUAUUGUCUUGUUCCAGUGGGUCUCUGAGUUGCGGUAUAAGGAUGGAAACAUGAUGGGCAGAAUUCUCGCUGCACUGUCACUGAUUAAACUCAUGAUAUCCAAUGGCUUUGAACAGAAGCGCUUUGCCAGGCUGGCCAGCAAGAAAGCUGUGGAGGAGCUUGCCUACAAGUGGAGCGUUGAGGACAUGUGACCUCCCUGAGGAUGUGUGACCUCCCUGAGGAUGUGUGACCUCCCUGAGGACAUGUGACCUCCCUGAGGAUGUGUGACAUCCCUGAGGAUGUGUGACCUCCCUGAGGCUGUGAUGCUGUGGUGCUCAAAGUACCACCACACAUCCAGCUCUAAUGGAGUCCUGCUAAGAGACACAGACCAGCAAGUUGCUGUCAGUCUGACCUCUGGACUAGGCACCUAAUCUUGGCUGUGCCCUUGCUGUCUGUGGCUGGCUUUGGCAGGACAGGGUGACUUCUUUGUCCCAGGUUGUUCUUGGCCAGUGCUUUUCUUUUUCUUAAAAAUAAACACAUAUUUAUUUUUUCGUAA